GCAAAAGCGCUUGCAAGCGCUGCAAGGAGUCGGGCAGCCGCGCGGCACCAUGAUGCGGUGGCUGCUCCCACUGCUGCUGCACACGAGUCAGGCCGAGGACCGCAUCAACGUCGCUCUCCACGCCCAAGCGCCACCGACGCCUGGAGGCUAUGUGGUGGGCAGCGUCAUGACGACGAACGGCCUCAAGAAAGCGUUGUUACGGACGGGCCGCGUCCGCGAAGCGCGGAGCUUCUACCCCUUCCACUACCACUUUGUCAAUAAUGCGACCUGGGACUUGCUGAUCAUCGAGGGCUGGUUCGAGAGCAGCGCGGCGGCGAUCCAUGAAUUUAGGAGACAUUCGCCGCAGAUAAUCGUGUUUUACUGGUGCCUCGACCCGCUCUUCCCGGGCCUGAGUUCCAUCGCGUCGCUGGACGUCGACGGCUACCUCACGAACAGCUUAGAGGUUGCGGAGGAGCUUUCCAAAAUAGCGCCAUCAAGGUUCGUGCCGCUUGCGGCCGAUGUGGACGAGAUGGCCGUGACGACGCCAUAUAAUGAAUCGGGACCCUAUGUGUACGUGGGCAGCGCGCUCGGCGUCGACACGAAGCGCAAUCUCGUCCAGAUGCUGCGCGAGGCGCAGAACACGUCGCGCGGUUUAGAAUUGUGGGGCAGCGGCUGGCGCGACGUCGGCCCACCGGAUCUGCUGCCGUCCUACCGCGGCCUGCUGCCCCACGGCGAGCUCGCCAAUUGCUACGCCAAGGCGGGCGCGGUGCUCGGCGCGACGAUGGACGGCCAGCGCGAGAAGGGCAUGGUGAACAAUAGGGUGUUUGAAGUUUUAGCUGCUGGUAGACCCCUCGUCCAGGAGGCCUUCCCCGAGCUCGAGGAUCUAUUGAAGGAUGCGCCUUCGCACAAUCUGGUGUUGUGGCACAAAGCAGGCGACGUGCCCCGCGGCGCGUUCGUGCGCAACGAGACCGCCACUUCAUAUAUAAGCAAGCACCACACCUACGACGCGCGCGCGGCUGACGUCCUGGCGCACUUCGACGCUUUGCGAAAUCACAACGGACGGACGGGCGCGUUACGAGUCGCGAUCCUCUGGAACGGGGCCUGGACGCCGCAGCUCCAGACGACCGUCGCGGCGGCGGCGGACCGCUUGCAGCGAUUGUACCGCAUCUUCUGGGUGCGCGUGGCCGACGUUAUUAGUCAAAGUGUGGACUUAUUGCACUACGACGUUAUUUUCGCUGUUGGAAAACGGGACUCGCCUUCGGAUAUCUGUGCGCGGUCCUUGGUGCGGGAGUGGACGCUGCCGCGCCACCUGGAGCAGAGGAGGCUGUGGAUCCUCGUGGACGACGGCGACCUCGAUCCUGGUGGAGUGAGCUGCUUUCCGGAUAGACUACCGCGCAACGCCUCGCAAGCCUACGACGCCGUCGUCUUCGCCGAGGAGAGCGACCGCCCCCUAUUGAUCGAGGAGGGCUUCCACCCGCUCCAGCUUCAGGAGGGCUAUGGGGUCGCGCCGUUUCCUCCCAAGACGCUGGACGACGACGGCGACGACGCGUACGAUGCGGUGGUACUAGCGGACGCGCGCGACAUUACAACCCCCAAAGGCCGCGCGCGCGUCGUCGACGCCGCGCGCAGGACGCAACGGGCCGACCAUCGGGGUCUAGUAGCGGUCGUCGGCGAGUCUAUCAUGAUAUCGGCCGUGUCCCAGCUCAAGCGUGAAUUAGGUGCUGUGGAUAUGAGACUAAUAGGCAACGACGCUAUUGUCCAGGACGGCGUCCUCGACCGCGCCGCGCGGAAAUGCGAUAUGUUGAUCGUGCCGCAUUCCAAUGAGUCAAAAGGAGGCGACUGGGCCGUGGCCUACGCGGCGGCGGUGGCACGCGAGGGCGCCACGGUCCUCAUCACGGACCCCACGAACACGCGCCUCCACCGCCUCGCGGCCGUUACUAGCAAUGGCGUCGCCACACUAUCGGACGCGCUGUCGUUCGGGGUCACAAGGGCGUUGACCCUGGGGCGCGGCGCGUCAAAGGCAACCAUAAUAAGUGCGGAGCCGUCGUCUAUCACGAACGGCGACGUGCGCUUCUCAAUAAACUUCGAGGCCUUCGUGACGGGCCGCGACGGCUCGUGGUGCCUCGUGUCUGAUAGAUCGGGCAUGCUUACUUGUGUGUUACAAAGACACCUGGACCUCGUGCUGCGCGUCGAAGCUCCACCAAAUUGCGAGCCGUUCAACAUAAGCUUCUACGUCGAGCUCAAGUCGAACGUCUACGGCGAUGUAUUAAGGCGGUCGGACGCCGUCACCGUGCGCGUCGGUGGCGGGGAGACGCAGGAGGCGCUCCCGUCGUACCCGCGGACGGAGGUGCUCCUGUGGCCGUUCAAGCCCGCGUGUCCCGCGUCGUGACUUGUGUGUGUAAGGUCUUGUGCUUCAAUCCGCC